AAACAUGACUGCAGUCAACACUAACGGCAGCACUGGUUAGCCAUUCAUUGUUAUUGGCGUUGCGUUCAAAACCAAUCGCCUCUCUCUGUGUCUCUCUCUCGCAAACCUUAAGCCACACAACACUCGCACUUGCAUUGAGUGAUUACCGCAACACUCACUCCAUAGACACUCUGUGGAUGCGUUUGGCAAUACUUUUACUCUUUUUGAUACAAUAAUCGUAAUUAUUAUCGCAAAACAUUUAAUUAUAAUUUGUUUUAUUAUAUUUUUAACCGACGCUUAUAUCUAAGCCAUUGUGUGAUAUAAUGGGCGUUGAAGUGCAGACCAUUCAAGAGGGCGACGGAUCCACUUAUCCGAAGACCGGACAAACGGUUGUCGUACACUAUACAGGAACUCUUUCCGAUGGCUCG